CCUCCUCCUCGAAUGGCGAUGCCUUCGUCGUCGUCAUCGUCAUCGAGCACCGGAGUUCCACCGGGGUUCCGGUUCCAUCCUACCGACGAGGAGCUACUGCUCUACUACCUCAAGAAGAAGGUCUCGUACGAGAAGUUCGAGUUGGAGGUGAUCAGGGAGGUCGAUCUCAACAAAAUCGAGCCAUGGGACCUCCAAGAGCGAUGUCGUAUUGGGUCGGCGGCGCAAAAUGAAUGGUACUUCUUCAGCCACAAAGAUCGCAAGUACCCGACGGGCUCGCGCACCAACCGAGCCACCACUGCGGGCUUCUGGAAGGCCACCGGCCGCGACAAGUGCAUCCGCAACUCCUACUCCAAGAUCGGCAUGCGUAAAACCCUCGUCUUCUAUCGUGGCCGAGCUCCUCAUGGUCAAAAAACUGACUGGAUUAUGCAUGAGUAUCGCCUCGAAGACAGCGACUCGCUGUCCGUCGAUCCCAAUAUCACUGCGUCCAAUUCUAUUAAUGAGGAUGGAUGGGUGGUUUGCCGGGUGUUCAAGAAGAAGUGCUUCUUUAAGGUCGGCGGCGGCGGCGGGGGCGGUGUCGGCGAGGGAAUCGUCGGCAGGCAGGGUGGAGCCGUGGAGAGCCACAUCGCCGCCGAGCAUUCGCCGUCGUCGCUGAACUCUCUUCACUACCUCCACCCGAACCACCACCACUACCUCCACCACCACCACCACAACCACAGUUUGCAGUACUACUCCCACGCCAACGCCGCCGACAACGCCGGCAUAAAUCCGGCGACGACGUACCAAGUGCAGGACCUGCUGACCAACCACCGGCCGCCGACGUCAGGGUACGACUUCGCGGUUCUGCCCGGCGACUCCGGCGCCUCCGCGAUGCUGAAGGCGUACGGAGGUGACGACGCGAUGCAGAACGAGAGGAACGGUAGCCACGCGGGGGAGUGGGCAGUGCUGGAGGCGGUCGGGAUGCCGCCGCCGCCGCCGCCGCAGCAGAUGAGUCUGAUAGGGAGCCAACGCGGCGGGGAGAUGGACUUGUGGGGAUCAUACGGAAAGUGA